AUGUUCAUGCUCGCCCGAAUACUCCUCUUAUGGUUCUCAGUUAUCUUCAUGUAUUUAAACAAUACCAUCAUCCUAGCGGAAGCUAAUUUCAUUACCAGUCAGUGUGAAAGCCUAGCUAAUGAUACCAGAAAUAGUACGUACCAAAGAAAUCUCGACAACACCUUCUCCGGCCUCCUCAACACCAACUCUGGAUUUGGUUUCUUCAACUUCUCCGCCGGCCAAGGAAACGACAGAGUCUACUCCAUCGCCCUUUGCCGGGGGGACGUCGAGUCCGAUUUGUGCCAGAGUUGUGUGAAUGACUCUAUUGUUAAGUUGCGAGAAAACUGCGAAGAGUAUAGCGAAGCUGCAGUGAUAUUUUACGACAUCUGUUUGUUGCAAUACUCCAAGGAGUAUAUUUUGGGAAACCCUCGAACAAAUAAGAAUCCAUCAUUUGAGUGGAACAUACUAAAUGCAACGGAUCAAUCCCGUUUCAAUGGGUCUCCGGGGCCAUUGUUGAAACGGCUGACAGCUGAUGCGGCUGCCGGAGGUCCGCUACUGAAGUUUGCUGCUGGGAACACGAGUGGGCCAGAUGUCUCAACGAUUUAUGGGCUUGUUCAGUGUACUCCAUACUUAUCAGAAGCGCAGUGCACUGCUUGCUUGGAUAAUUCAAUCAAUACGUUUGCGAGUGAGUACUAUACUGGGAGCAGUAAAGGAAGAGGUCUUCUACCUACGUGUAAUUUUAGGUACGAGACAUAUAGGUUUUUUAACAUGAGUACUCUGGUUAUACCCCUCACCAUCACUGGGGUCUCCGUCGUUUCAACCACCACCAGGUAA